ACUCCCUAAACACAAGUGUGUAAUCACAUGGAGUAAUGUAGCGAUACCUUUGCUCGACAGUUUUAAGAGCGUAGCUUCCACAGGAAGGACGUAUGUGACUGUGCUUUAGGCGGGGUAUCUAUUCUCCAAGGAACUAGUUAGCAGGUGUUGAGUGCACAUUUCAGUCGCACAUUUUAUUUCUGCCAAGGUCCUGACAUCUUUGUUGAGAAUUAAAAAUCAUCAUGUGGAAAGAAGUUAUCUUGAUGUUGGCGAUAUCGAUGGCUACAGCUAAUGCUAUACUGAUGCAUCAGUACAUCACUCGAUGCUGUGAUGAAGGGGCAGCCUACCUUAAUGAUAGCAACAAUAACUGCUCCGGUGUUGCAGCAGGCUCAAGUGAUACUAUGAGUAGACUGCAAGAUGAGGCAGAUCGUAAAGAUUGCCGCACCUCGAUGCAAUCCUGCUGCCAGAAGAGAAUUUGCAGUGAUGGGAUUCAGCACAGGAGCAACGUAGGAAGCUGCGAUCGCAUGAAAGAAAACACAUGCUCUGGUUCUCCUAAAAAGACGUGCUGUGAUUGUUGUGCGCUUGGUAUAAGAGCGCACACAGAGGAUGCCCCAUGUGAUGGACUCGGCCUGGGCGUGGAGUGUGAUUAUGCCUUCCGUGAAUGUUGCCUUAGAGCUGGUGAAGUCAAUGAAAGGAAUGAAUGCAACAUUGCCAAGGCCAAUGGAUUGACCUUGUGUACCAGUAAAUGUGUCAAUCUGAUUGGCUCAUAUGUUUGCGAGUGUCCGGUUGGAUAUAUCUUGUCUACCUCCGACAACAUGACCUGUAUCAGAGAGAGGCAAGAUUUAACCAGCAUUUGCGAUGACUCUUUUUGUCAACAUAAUUGCCAGCCCUACGGAAACUCCUAUGUGUGCUCAUGUUACGAAGGAUAUCAGCUUCAACGUGAUGGCUUCAGUUGCCGUGCACCAACGUCUCCAUCCGUGGCCUGUAUGUUUGCAGACUGUGAGUACGGUUGCCGACCCGUUGGAAUUAAUUCUCAUGAAUGCUAUUGCGAUCAAGGGUACGAUCUGGAUUCGGAUAGAUCUACAUGCAUCGACUUAAAUGAGUGUGAGACAGUGGGGGACAUCUGCCCUCGAGGUCAAACAUGUACCAACACGGUGGGGUCGUAUGUGUGCCAUGCCGCCACAUGUUCAACGGGAAUGAUAUUCGAUCCGGAAACCUCUCGGUGUGAAGAUAUUAAUGAAUGCCUUGAGGAUAAUGUAUGUCCUCCCCAUAAGCUGUGUCAGAACUACGCUGGAGGGUUCUACUGUCAGGGAACACGCUGCACCGAGGGACAGUAUGUGGAUAAACUCACAAGAGAAUGCGGAGACGUUGAUGAGUGUGCCGCUGGAUUGCAUGAUUGUGAAGAUGGGUUCCGUUGUGACAACUCUCCAGGUUCAUUCAGAUGUAUUCGCAUCUCACCAUGCGGCACUGGUUAUACCAUCAAUGCCAACUUACAAACAUGUGAAGAUAUUGAUGAAUGUCGUUUGGAUACCGACAACUGCCCGCCAGAGUUCUACUGUCAAAAUACCGUAGGAAGCUACAAGUGCAAGAGAUGUACGGAAGGAUUCCGAGCUGAUGCCAGUGAUGGCUGUGCAUUAGACAUUGACGAGUGUGAAGAGCAGUUGGAUAAUUGUCCAUUCGGUCAGCAAUGUACCAAUAAUUACGGUGGUUAUACUUGCGCCCCUUCCUGUCCACAAGGAAUGCAAUAUGAUGAGGUCUACCGAGAAUGCAAAGAUGUGAAUGAGUGUGUUUUAGGAUCACAUGACUGUAGCCUUAACCAGGUUUGUCAGAAUGUUGAGGGAUCAUAUCAGUGCACGUGCCGCACCGGUUUUGAGAUGGACCCAUAUUCAAGGGCCUGUGUAGAUUUGAACGAGUGUGAGAAAGGAACUCAUAACUGUCGUAUCAAUGAGCAGUGUUUCAACUUCAUGGGUUCCUUCACUUGUCAGCAACGGUGUCAGAUCAAUUACAGAUACAAUUCAUCAGUGGGCUGUGUUGAUAUUAAUGAAUGUGAGGAUCCUCAAUACCCGUGUCGUGGAAACUCACAAUGUGUUAAUCUUCCCGGAUCCUUCAGAUGCCAACCGUGUCCCCGUGGCCAGUUGGCCAACUUAGAAGAAAGACGAUGUGACGAUGUGAAUGAAUGUGACUCCAAUCCGCCUCGGUGUUUGGGCUUUUGCAAGAACACCUUUGGAUCAUACAGGUGUGAAUGUCCUAAGGGUUAUGAAUUGAUCAGCAGAUCCACAUGCAGGAAUAUUAAUGAGUGUGCGAGGAACAUCCACAACUGUAGCUCCCAGUCUGCUUGCUUCGAUACCAGAGGAGGGUUCAAGUGCAAGUACAUUCAGUGUCCGCAGUACUACCGCAAGGAGAUCCUGGCUGGAGACAUAAGAUGCAGGAAAGUUGAUCUGUGCCCCAACAAUGACAUGAACUGCAUCAACGAGCUUGUCAAGUUGAUCACCUACAUUAAGUUUGCAUUGCCGAGUAUGAAGGACCGACGAGAGACUCCCAUAGAGUUACUCAAUCUCCAGGUUGCCAAUGUCAAGAGGGAGCAGGUCAACAGGAUUGAGUUCCAGCUGACUCAGGGGAAUGAGUUGGGCAUGUUCUCGGUCGAAAAGAGCCAAACUGCAGACUCCCGAUAUGCCCCAAAUUCAUACUUUAAUGUAGUCGGAACGGUGUAUCUGUUGUCGUCAGUUCAAGGUCCGUUUGAGACAGACCUUCGUCUGGAGAUAAGACAAUAUAAUCAAGCUUAUGACAUCGUCAACAUAAAUGUUGCUAUCAUUAGCAUCGAUGUCGGAGCCCACUGGUUCUAAAUGCCAUCGCCAUAACAAGCUUGGCAAGGCACGACAAGGAUACAUUAGAAUCCUCAAACAGUUUUGUCUGUGUUCCUUUUUUAUUCAAUGAGCUCAGAAUGUAGUAAUCUUUUAGGAUUUGUCUUCAAAUAAUAACUUGUUUUAUACAGUGGUCAAGCACCAAAUUUCAUAAGUUAGUCCACAUUCAAGCUUUGAAUUGUAUAAAGUCCCCCCUUAUUUUAAACAAACUAUAACUAAUAAAAUAGCAAGUAUUGCCAAGUUGUUUUUUCCUGAAAAAAGGCAGAGUAUACUGUUCUAAGCGUCUUCUCAGAGCUAGCCUUUCUACAAACAGAUCUCCCAACAGACUUUUGUACAUUUUUGUUUAAGUUUACUUGUAGUUUUUAUUAUGAGCCACAACCUUUCAAAGCUUCAAACUUCACUCCUAAACAGCUCUGAUAGAACUUUACAAACUGUGAAACUACACCAUAGGUGCCUUUGGCUAAGCCUAGCAAUUGUAUGUUCACUAUCUCCUUUGGAAAAUAACUGCUGCCACACAGUAGACUUGUGUACAAGUUGUUAAAUGUCUGUUGCAGUGAUAGCGUUCCGACUCUCCCAGCGAUAUACUGCGGUCACGACUACGGUCCCAUUUAACAAGCAGAAGUCGGCAACCACCAUUUCGCGAUCUCGUCAUUGCACUGCUAUAACUUGACUAUCUCGUGGGACCAUUAACGACUUGUCCACAAGUCUAGCCACACAGUUGUACUCUUUUUUGUUUAUUUGUAACUUCGCAAAUUGAAUUUGACAUUUUUAUGAAGCAAAGUAUUUUUUACUGAUCAAGUCAUUGCUCAUUAUUUUAAUGAACUGGUGAAGUUAAUACAUGUACAUACUAGUCUAGUCUUAGAAUUUUGUAUAUCCUUAAAAUGUUUAUAAUAUGUAUUUUUUAAAGAAUUACACAAAUCAAACAAUUUUUUCCGGAUAAAGUUAUAAUAUAUGGCGCAUGCACAACAAAAAUGCCAAGGUCUUGCUUGCCAAAUAUGCAACAGCAAAGUACCCAAACUGUUUUCCCCCGUGCUUGUACUGUGUUUUUGAUUUUGUGACGACUCCCUCCCAACACGUUCAGUUUGCAUAAGGUCAAGUUUUUAAAAGUUAUAUUCACCUUCCAGGUUUUUUUUUCUGAUAUUGAUUCAAGUUCCCACCGAUUAACAGAAGUAGGUUGUAGAUUGAUAUUAGAUCAAUGAGUAGACCAAUUAAUGAGUCAAAAAGAAAUUAUUCAUGGUGUUCGACAAAGACCACUUGACAACAAGUAUUUGAAUUGAGUGUGGUUGGAAACAAUUUUCCCAACAGAAUACAAUCCAUUUCUCAGACUUAUGGCAACAAUGGGAAUUAACCCGGGUCCAAUUUCUUAGCUGCAUAGGCAGAAAAUAUUGCUGAAACGUGCUUUGCUAAGCCAAAUUAAGCUGGAUUAAAGCCACAAACGGUACAAGUGGGAUGGUAUUUUGGCUGGUAACCUUAUACUGGUAAGCGUAAUUUUGGUUGUGCUUAUCUACCUGUAGUGCUUUAAAGCAGCGCUACGGAAUAGAGUCCUGGUAUGGCUAGAUGCAACAAAGUCAACCAUGGGAAACGUGCGUUAAAGGCAGUGGACACUUUUGUUAAUUAGUCAAAAUAAUUUUAGCAUAAAAC